GUCUGACAGCAGCAGCCAGUAAACAUGGCUGGUGUUGGUUUCCGACGCUUGGCAAAAACUCUCGCUAAGGGGAAAGGUUCUGGCCUUUCAGCCCUUUUAUCUGGAUCUAGAGCAGCCUCGGAAUUGUCAAAGGACAUGCUGCCUGGUCCAUUCCCAAAGACUCCAGUGGAGAAAGCUGCCGCUGCUAAAAAGUACAAUAUGACGAUUGAGGACUAUAAACCAUUUCCGGAUCAUGGCGAGGGUUAUGGUGACUACCCGAAACUACCAGACAAGUCUCAACAUGAGAAAGACCCCUGGUACCAAUGGGACGACCCUUACUUGAGGAGGAACUGGGGAGAGCCAAUGCACUGGGAUUUUGACAUGUACUGCAGAACCCACGUGGAUACAACUCCAAGCCCUGUGCCAUGGUCGUCAAUGUGCAAACAACUGUUUGGUUUCAUUGGGUUAAUGUUGGUUAUGUUCUACUUUGGGGAGAAAUUCCCAUGCUAUCAACCUGUUGCUCCAAAGCAAUAUCCCUAUAACAACCUGUACUUGGAGAGAGGAGGAGAUCCUGCAAAACUACCAGAAGAAGUUAAAAAUUAUGAAAUCUAAUUCAUAAAAUACAAUCCUACUUGUGUACAUAUUUCUGGCAAGAAUAAAGACUUACGUUAAACCUUUAAAAUCA